UUUUAAAAGCCGCUUUCCGGCACACCGGAAAUUACGUAAACCCAUUUCCUCCGGAAACGGCGCUGCUCAGAUUAAGCUAGUAAAUUAGCAAUGUCACUUGUCGAGGAAACUUCCAAUGAAGCCCCAGACAUUAAAGACGACAAAGAGUUUACUGUUGAUGCUGACGACCACUUUGGGGAUGAUUAUGGCGUAGACCCCACCCGAUAUGUGUUUUACAGGGACAGAAAGGAAUGGACUGAUCUGGAGCCAGUUCCACAGGAUGACGGACCAAACCCCGUAGUAAAGAUCGCCUACUCCGAUAAGUUCUCAGACGUGUAUGACUUUUUCCGCGCGCUCCUGAAGAAGGACGAAAGGAGCGAACGGGCGUUCGAUUUGACUGCAGAAGCCAUUGAUCUCAAUGCUGCAAAUUACACAGUCUGGCACUACAGGCGAGUGCUACUGCAAGCGCUGUCAAAGGACCUGAGGGAGGAGAUGAGGUACAUCACGAACAUCAUUGAGGAGCAGCCCAAAAACUACCAAGUCUGGCAUCACAGGCGUAUGGUGGUGGAGUGGCUGAACGACCCCUCAGAAGAGCUGGAGUUCAUCGCAGACAUUCUCAGCCAAGACGCCAAGAACUACCAUGCCUGGCAGCACAGACAGUGGGUCAUCCAGGAGUACAAACUAUGGGACAAAGAGCUGGAGUUUGUGGAGAAUCUCUUGGAAAAAGAUGUGAGGAAUAAUUCGGCGUGGAACCAGAGGCAUUUUGUCAUUUCUCACACCACGGGCUUCUCCGACCCAGCUGUAAGAGAGAGAGAGAUCCAGUAUUGUCUAAAUCAGAUCAGAAAGGCUCCUAACAAUGAGAGCGUUUGGAAUUAUAUGAAAGGGAUGCUGCAAGACAGAGGUCUGUCGUCUCAACCAAAUCUUCUGGAGCGGGUCCUGCACCUGAAGGAGACGCAUUGCUCACCGUACCUAUUGGCAUUCCUGUUCGACUGCUAUGAGGACGCUUUGGAGGACAGUGCCCAAAAUAAUUUUUUGAAGCAACAAGAGGAAACUCUAAAUAAGGGCUUAGAAAUUUGUGAGCUUUUGGCACAGGAGAAGGACACCAUUCGGAGGGAGUAUUGGCAGUUUUUGGGACGUUCUUUAAAGAGCAGAUUUGGAGGCGCCGGCCCCUGUGACAAGGACGUGGCGGAUGUUGCUAAGCCAACGGUUCCUACACUCGAGCCUCAGCAGCACAGCUAGACCUCCAGGGAUAAUCUACCCUUUUCCACUCCGCUCUGCGCUUCAUUGGCAACGACUCCGGGUCGACUCACCGAGUCUGAUCUCACUGUAAACCGUUAUGUAAAGCAGCCACCAACCUGAAGCUCAAACACAUGUAAAUGUCCUUCUCUGGCUUUGUUUUCAUCUUUCCUAUCCCGGAGCACUUAAGGACACACCUAAGCAGCAUUUACAUGUAGAAAUGGAGAAAUGUGUCCCCAGUUUAUUGCCUGUUUUAAUCUAAAGGUGAUGUUUGACCAGCCUUCGUUGUCUUUUUGUGAAUCCUAACACGCAACUCAUAAAAUGGUCACUGAUACCCUGUAAGUGUGUUUGCAAGUACAACAAUAUACAAUACUUAGUCUUUAGAGUUGUGGAAUUCAUAUUUGAUUUGGGAAAGCAAGUCUCUAUUUUUUACUAGUGGUUCUGAUUUUAAUGGACCAAAGAGGCUUUAAUUGGACUUGUUUUGCAUGCAAACCCACUCCUAACCCAUGUGGUUUUGUUUGAACUGAGGUAACUGCAGAAACAGUGUGCGGUCAUGCUGAAUUUGACUUGUAAUACUUUUGAUCAUAAUAAAUCGGACAAGAGACAAACAGCGG